AGAGGGAAAGCUAUCCACACUACUACAAUUUAAUCUCUCUACAAACACACAAACGUAAUUAAUAAAUUCUAGACUCAUCUGUGUAUAUGUGUGUGUGGGUUUGAUUCAUCUUCUCCCUUCUACUCAUAUCAGUUCCGCAGCUUAAUCCUCAAUUUUUCUAUGGAGAGAUGAUUUAUUAGCGAUCUGAAGCACAAAUCUUAUACCUAUCGGAAAUGGGUCGUUUUCGAUUUUGCAGUCGAUCGUUAAACGUCGCCAUUGUCGCCCUUUUCUUGUUAUCUUUCCCGUUUAUGUGCUUCGGUAUUCGUUAUUUUCCUGCGAAUGGAGAGAUGGAGGUUCAUUCGGGAUCUGAUGUUCUGUUUGGAUACACUGAAGCGCCGGAAUACCGAAACGGCGUAGGCUGCUCACGCGAUAGCAUUCACGUCGCAAUGACGAUCGACUUGGAGUACUUACGUGGUUCAAUAGCCGCCGUACACUCCGUUCUCCGUCACGCUUCUUGUCCGGAAAACGUGUUUUCCAUUUCAUCGCGGCGGAGUUCGACCCGGCGAGUCCAAGGGAUUUGACCCGACUCGUCAGAUCUACUUUCCCUUCGCUUAACUUCAAGGUGUAUAUCUUCCGUGAAGACACAGUCAUAAAUCUGAUCUCGUCUUCGAUCCGGAUCGCACUCGAGAACCCGUUGAACUACGCCCGAAACUAUCUCGGCGAUAUCCUCGACCCGUAUGUAGAUCGCGUCAUUUACCUCGAUUCCGACGUCGUUAUCGUCGACGACAUUCAGAAGCUCUGGAACAUCACCUUGCAGAAGAACAGGAUCAUCGGAGCACCGGAGUAUUGCCAUACAAACUUCACCAAGUACUUCACCGAUAGCUUCUGGUCCGACCCGAUGAUGUCCCGGGGUAUUCGGGUCGAGAAAACCCUGUUACUUCAACACCGGCGUAAUGGUAAUGGACAUGGAAAAAUGGCGAAAAGGGAAUUACCGGAAAAGGAUCGAGAACUGGAUGGAACUCCAAAGAAAGAAACGAAUCUAUGAAUUGGGUUCUUUGCCGCCGUUCUUACUGGUUUUCGGCGGCAACAUUGAGCCGAUCCACCACCGGUGGAACCAACACGGCCUCGGCGGAGAUAAUGUGAAAGGAAGCUGCCGGUCGCUGCAUUCCGGUCCGGUGAGCUUGUUGCAUUGGAGUGGUAAAGGGAAACCGUGGGUGAGACUGGAUGAGAAGAGACCGUGUCCGUUGGAUCAUCUGUGGGAGCCGUACGAUCUUUACAAACGUAAUCAUCACCGUCAUCAAUCAGCCGUUGGAUCUUUCAAUUUCGUUGGGGUACAUCGUGAUUCAGAGAUUCUUUGACAGCUGUGUACAGAAAUUGUAGGAGUUUUUUUAUUUGAUUGGUUGGAUGGGUUACAAGGGCAAUUUGGUAAUUGAUAUUACAAGGGAAGAUUGAGAUUGAGAUUGAGAUAUGUUUCUUUAAUUUCUUUUGCUUAUUUUUUUUAUUAUCUAAUCCC